AUGGAUCAAUUGAAGGUUCACAACUCUUUGAAGCCUGGGGGUCCAGUUCCAUUUGUUCCUAUUGAGAAGGGAAAGGUUUCUUGGUAUGUCUGCGGACCAACAGUAUAUGAUCACUCGCAUUUGGGACAUGCUAGGAAUUAUGUUUCAACCGAUAUCAUACGAAGGAUCAUGAAAGAUUAUUUUGGAUUUGAAUUAAAUUUUGUUAUGAACAUUACAGAUGUCGAUGACAAGAUUAUCCUUAAAGCCAGAAGACAAAAACUAUUGGAGCUGGAAAAAUCGAAAACAUAUACCGAACCUGAACUCGCAAAAUUAGCAGCAGAAGCUUUCCAGUCAUACGCAACCGCAAAUCUCCCCGAAUUAUUGAAGGCUGGCACUCAACUUACGCCUAGCAACUAUGCGGAAAGAAGAGAUACAGCAUAUGGGAAUGUAUUGGCAGGUCGAACAUUGACUGGUGAAGGGAAACCAGGAGAUGCCGAAGCCAAAAUGAAAAUGCACAUCAACAAUCUUUCCCUAGCGGCGCAAGCAAUACAGCAGGAGGAGAUCUUUGGCGGAGCAGAUGAGAUACUUCUUCCCUACCUUGACUCUUUAUACAAGGAUUCAAUCGAUGCUAAAGACCAUACUAUUUUCACGAAUGUCACACAAUACUGGGAGGACCAAUUCAUGGAAGAUAUGGAUGCACUGAAUGUCAUGCGACCAGAUGUUAUCACACGAGUUACCACCUAUGUACCAAAGAUUGCUAUCUUUGUAGAGAAGAUUAUUCAAAAGGGAUUCGCAUAUGAGACGGAUGGGUCUGUUUACUUUGACAUUACAGCAUUCGAGAGAGCGGGCAAUCCUUACGCACGACUCCGACCCGAAAGUAAAAAUGACAAGGCCUUACAAGAGGAAGGAGAAGGGUCACUAUCGAAGAAUUUGGGUGGUAAGCGAGGAGCAGGAGAUUUUGCUCUUUGGAAAAAGUCAAAAGCAGGAGAACCAAGUUGGCCUAGUCCCUGGGGUGAAGGUAGACCUGGAUGGCAUAUUGAGUGCUCUGUUAUGGCCUCGGAUGUUUUGGGAUCGAAAAUGGAUAUUCAUUCUGGUGGUAUUGAUCUCGCAUUUCCCCAUCAUGACAAUGAAUUGGCGCAAAGUGAGGCUUAUUUCUGCGAACAUGAGCAUGGUCCGCAUGAGUGGGUAAAUUACUUCUUGCAUAUGGGUCAUCUUUCUAUUGCAGGAUCCAAGAUGUCAAAGUCUCUGAAGAAUUUCCAAACCAUUCGGGAUGCAUUGACUAUCGAUUAUACUCCAAGGUCGAUGAGAAUAGUGUUUCUGAUGGGUCGGUGGAAUGAUGGUGUCGAAAUUUCGCCAGAUAUGAGGCUCAUGGCCGACGCAUGGGAAGCUACAAUUAAUAACUUCUUUGUCAAUGUCAAAUCACUUAUCAUCGAAGCUGGAAAUUCAACAUCUGUUGAGGACUUGAAGGCUCUUUCUAUUCAUCCAGAAUUGCAAACAGCAUUAGACAAAGCACAAGCAGAUCUUCAGACCGCUCUCACGGAAUCUUUCGAUACACCACGAGCAAUGCUUAUCUUACAAGAACUUGUUAAAGAAUCAAAUGUCCACAUAGGCUCCCAAAAGUCUGACCUUGACAUCCAGGGACUUGAAAAAGUUGCACGAUGGAUAACUAAGAUUCUUGGCAUCUUCGGUCUCGAUGCAAAUGCAACAGCACCAUAUAAUGGACUUGGUUGGGCUAGUACUUCUGUGGACAGCAAUCACACCCCUGUGCAGAUUGUGGCACCUUAUUCCGAAGUAUUCAAGCAAGUCAAGCAAGAAAUUGAGGGCUUAUCAUUACAUUCCGAGACUCUUGAUAAAUUACUUGCCACAGACGUUGACAGUGAAUUCGCUUCACUCGUAUCAUGUGGCACGAAAGAUCAGGAAGCUCUUGCUCUACCAUAUAUUCGAGCCGUCGCAAAGACCAGAGAUGAGUUGCGACAACUAGCACCAACCUCCGAUCAUAAGAAACAUAUCUUGUCAUUAUCCGAUCGAAUUCGAGACAACGAUCUGACAAAUCUUGGUGUUUAUCUCGAUGACAGAUCGGAUGGUCAAGGUUCACUCAUCAAGUUUAUUCCAAAAGAAGAACUUCUAGCACAAAAGGAAGAGAAAGCGGCCAGGGAAAGAGAAAAGGCAGCCCAAAAAGAAGCCGCUAAACUUGCCAGAGAAAGAAUGGAGGAACAAAAGCUGGAGAAGGCCAAACUCAGUCCGGUUGAUAUGUUCAAGGAUGAUAGAUUCAGUGCAUGGGAUGUUGAUGGUAUACCAACAAAGACGAAAGAUGGAGAAGACGUGCUAAAGAGUGCAUUGAAGAAGUUGAGGAAGGAUUGGGAAAAACAAAAGAAAGCUCAUGAGGACUGGAAAGCUAAGGCGCAGUCACAAUUAGUUAUGGAUAAUGAUCCUGUUCCUGUUGCUUUGUAUGAAAUCGCCCCAAAUUCGAAUUUCAUUGGUACUGCUGUCAAUACUUCGAAAAGUGGUAGUAGUGGUACUGGUACAUCUUCAACAUGUUUGAGGAGGGGAAGUCCAAAUCCACCACCGCCACUGGCUGCUAAAUCAUCAGAAGCUGGAAAUCGAUUUCAAUGUCCUCAAUGUCCAAAGAACUUUAGUAGGAUUGAAAACCUAACUAGACAUCAAGCCAAUCAUGAUGAAGUUGGUAAAUUUCCUUGUGCGGUUUGUAAGAAAAGGUUCACGAGGAGUGAUCUAUUAAGUCGACAUCGUCGAAUACAUAAACGUGGUGGUACUCCAAGACCUCACGUGACACCACAAUCUACCUCGCCUUCUCCAUCUGAACCUCAACCCAUUUCUAAUCUUGUCCAUCCUGAUGAGAAAUCUAUACCGAUUAAUCAUGCUUUUGAAACUUCAUUACCACCUAGUAUGCAAUAUCGUGGCGGUCGGCAUGAUACCCUGCCACCCAUUCAAGAGGCAUUAUAUUCUGACUCACGCUCACCCUUGACUCCAUCCCAAGGCCUCUCGAGUCUUGUUGAAGCUGCAUUGGCACCACCUCCUUUUGAUAAUGAACUUCGCGUUCCUGAGAAUUUUAAUUCCAAUACAUGGGAUGGCUUCAUGCCUUACAAUGAUGCUCCAAGUGUCUUCAUGGGAUCAUAUGAUGCCGAUAUAUCUUGGACAUUAGACUACUUCAGCCAAGAUUCUUGGAGUAAUAUGGACGUGGACUUUGGUUUUGGUGGCCCGGAUUUCGUCAAGUCUGAUCUCUCGGGCCAAUCGAAUGAUCUGGAUGCCGAAGGAGAUGAGGAAGACUGGCCGGACAAAGUCAGUAGACUAGAAAGUCCACCACGAUGGGGUCCUAGGACUAUUCCUCGUCUAGGCCCAGAAUCAUGGCAUGCGGUCGCGCAAGAAGCUAGGGCGAUCAGUUUCACUGUAGGACCAAGGCAACAAGUCAACGAUGUAUUACGAUCGGCCUUACUAGGCAUGUUACAAAUUGAGCUUCCAGCUCAUUCAGGGGAUACGCUACGAAUUCUCGACAAUGUUUUCACCUUGUUCAAUCUUUUGCUCGCUGGUGCCUGGGGUGGUAGUAAGAAAAUGUUCGAGUUCGCGGAGGGUGUGAGGGGUAUCCUGAUAACAGCUGGUCGACGAGCUCGUUUACUAGAUUGCAGGCCAAUGUCUAGAGUCCAACUUGACCCAAGCUCGCUACCGAGGAGUUCGCCACAGGAAAUUGAGUGGUUUUCAUGGGUAGAGACCGAGAAGAGAAAAAGGCUUGGCCUAUCGAUUUAUAUCCUUGACUGUCAAUAUGCUACACUCUUCAACGUUCAACCGUGUAUCAGUAGAGCCGAAACCACAAACUGCGUCUUUCCAUGCCCAGAACGACAUUGGGAAGCGCCAUCGCCACAAGCCUGGAAGAUGCUCCUUGGUCCAGCUGAUAUUCCACCUGCGACAUAUUAUCUCCAUGCCUUGAACGGUAUUCUUCUUCACAAAUGGACCAAACCUCCUCCACCUGUCAUACCGACCACCAUAUUCGGCAAAACUCUUCUUCUCUACGCAGUGCAUACCCUUAUCUUUGACUGGCGGACCUCGGUGUCUAUGCUCAAUCCAACGGGACUCAUGGGGACAAUGGGAAAUCAUGCACUAGAUAUGGGUGCUGGACUCUUGAGCAGGAGGAGAUGGUUGAUGGACGCAUUAGAUUCUUGGACCGAAUGUUAUGGGGCUAGUUCUGGCGAACCAUCCGUGGCUGGAAGAUUGCUCUGCGCGCUGGGGUAUGUUAGUCUGGAUGUCAGCCUUAGUGAUGUUCACCUAAUGGCAGGUCGAUCUUCAAGUCGUCAAGAUUGUGAUUUUGCAGCGGUCAAUCUGCGAUACUGGGCUAAUUCCGACAUCGUGGGUAGCACCAUGAGAAACGUGUAUGAAAUGCUCAAUUUAUCUGAAGAAUGCAUUCGCCAAAGAGAUGGUAGUGAUGGGGAUGGGAUACUGGGUACUAUGGGAAUGAGUGGCAGUGGACCAGAAGAAGCGAGUUAUGAGAUUGCGGUGUGUCUUUUUACCGGAGGAUUAGUCUGUUGGGUUUACAAGGAGUUGAGGACGGGAUUGGGAGAUAUGGAGAGAGAGGAGGUGAUGGAGGGGAUUAGAAGGGCGGGCAGGGGCUUGAGGGGCAUGGGGUGUUGGAGGAUGGGCGAGAUGUUUGGGAGGAUUCUGGCGGGGUUUGAGGUAUAG